UGAGCGAAUUGUUGAAAUGCUACUUAAAAACGGAUCAAAUGUGAACGAUCAAAGUAACGAUGGAGAAACUGCCUUGAUUUGGGCUUCGAUUCAAGGUCACUCAAAUGUUGUUGAGUUACUGAUAAAGAAUGGUGCAGAUUUUAAUUUAAAAAAUAAGUACGGAAACUCACCAAUACAUGGUGCCGCAUAUUACGGUCAUGAGCGAGUUGUUGAACUGCUACUUAAAAACGGAGCAAAUGUCAACGAUCAAAAUAACGAAAGAUUAACUGCGUUGUAUUGGGCUUCGGAUAAAGGUCACUCAAAUAUUGUUGAGUUAUUGAUUAAGAAUGGCGCAGAUAUUAAUUUAAAAACGAAAGACGGAUUGUCACCACUACAUGCUGCUGCAGAUAACGGUCAUGAGCGAGUUGUUGAACUGCUACUUGAAAACGGAGCAAAUGUUAACGAUCACAAAGACUUUGUUGGAAGUACCUUAUAUUGGGAGUCGGAUGAAGGUGACUCAAAUGUAGUUGAGUUAUUACUUAAGAAUGGCUCAAAUAUUAAGUUGAAAGAUAAAAAGGGAUGGUCAACACUUUAUACAGCUUCUUUCAAUGGACGUGAGCGUGUUGUUGAAUUACUGAUCACAAAUGGUACACUUGUAGAUAUCAAGAACAAGAAAGGGUGGACACCAAUAAUGGCCGCCGCUAAAGAAGGUCAUGAUCGAGUUAUUGAAGUGCUACUUAAUUACGGAGCAAAUAUCAACAAUCAAGAUAACGAUGGAAAAACGGCAUUGUAUUGGGCUUCGGAUAAAGGACACUCAAAUGUAGUUGAGUUAUUGCUUAAGAAUGGCGCAGAUACUAAUUUGAACGCUGACAACGGAUAUUCACCAAUUUUUAUAGCUUCUUUCAAUGGACAUGAACGUGUUGUUGAAUUACUGAUCACAAAUGGUGCCCUUGUAAAUGUCAAAAAAGACGACGACUCGACACCAAUAAUGGCCGCCGCUCAAGAAGGCCAUGAGCGAAUUGUUGAAGUGCUACUUAAAAACGGAGCAAAUGUCAACGAUCAAAAUGACGAUGGAAAAACGGCAUUGUAUUGGGCUUCGGAUAAAGGUCACUCAAAUAUUGUUGAGUUAUUGAUUAAGAAUGGUGCAGAUAUUAAUGUGAAAGAUGACAUCGUAUGGUCACCAAUUUAUGCAGCAGCUUUCUAUGGACAUGAACGUGUUGUUGAAUUAUUGAUCACAAAUGGUGCCCUUGUAAAUAUCAAGAGUCAGCUCAGAUGGACACCUUUAAUGGCUGCCGCUAAAGAAGGUCAUGAGCGAAUUGUUGAAGUGCUACUUAAAAACGGAGCAAAUGUCAACGAUCAAAAUGACGUCGGAGAAACUGCCUUGUAUUUGGCUUCGGAUAGAGGUCAUUCAAAUAUUGUUGAGUUAUUGAUUAAGAAUGGCGCAAAUAUUAAUUUGAAAGAUAAAUACGGAUGGACAGCAAUUUAUAUAGCUUCUUACAAUGGUCAUGAGAAAAUUGUUGAAGUUCUACUAAAAAACGGAGCAAAUAUGAACGAUCGAAAUUAUAACGGAGAAACUGCCUUGUAUAUGGCUUCGGAUAGAGGUCACUCAAAUAUAGUUGAACUAUUGAUUAAGAACGGCGCAGAUAUUAAUUUGAAAACUAGAGCCGGAUGGUCACCAAUAAUUGCCGCCGCUCAAAAAGGUCAUGAGAAAAUUGUUGAAGUUCUACUAAAAAACGGAGCACAUAUGAACGAUCGAAAUUAUAACGGAGAAACUGCCUUGUAUAUGGCUUCGGAAAGAGGUCACUCAAAUAUAGUUGAACUAUUGAUUAAGAACGGCGCAGAUAUUAAUUUGAAAGAUAUCGAGGGAGGGUCACCAAUUCAUACAGCUUCUUUGCAUGGACAUGAACGUGUUGUUGAAUUACUGAUCAUAAAUGGUGCUCUUGUAAAUAUCAAGAAUCGAAAAAGAUGGACACCUUUAAUGGCUGCCGCUUACGAAGGUGAUUUAAAAAUCAAUAAAAUAUAA